CCUCAGACCGCAGCGUCGACAAGUUACCACAGUCUGAGGACGUUAAUUUUUGAACAGCAUUUCUUCAGUGAAUCUUUAAUUUAAGUUCAGUUUGAUGCGCUCCGUUUACCAAAUAGUGAUGGUGGCUGCCAUGCUUUGGAAUAGUCCACCCGUAUUAAGUAAGGAAGAGCAUGGACCCGUGGAGCAGGUGGGCGUGGAUGUGGGCGUGAUGGUGAGUCAGGUGGUGGAGCACCAUCUCACUGGCUGUCACCUGGUGCUCAUCACCACUAGACCACAAUCAUUCAUGACCUCCAGGAUAAUAAGUGUGGAGGCGAGCUUGAUAGUGGAGGCAGGGUGGGUGUUGUCCCAGGACCAGAUGGCUAAGGACCACCUCCUGCAGGGGCUGUGGGGGGACGCCAGAUUCUCCUGUAGGGCUGUCAUCCUUGACCUCACAGCCAGCAAUAGUACUGACCUCGUCCUCAGGUUGUUAGAAGUGGCAGGACUGAGAGAAAGAGACGCGACGUCCUCCUACACCGUGUUUUCCACAACACCAUUCGCCCUCUAUAUGGCCUUGAUGACCUCACCCUCAACAUGCCUCCGCCACGGUAACUCACGCCUUAGGAAGAUCCUCCCGAAGAAAGGAGGACGCAGUGAGCGUGUGUGGGUGUACCGGCGGUGUGUCUACUGCAACAACGGGAGGGCGGACGUCCUGUUCAUCCACCAGUACAAUAUAACGUCACUCCCCCAGCCCACUGACAACUUUUUCCAAGAACGUAUACAAAACCUGAUGGGCCACAAGCUGAAGAUCGUGUCAGUGCCGCACUUCCCUUUCAUGGACUUCAGCAGAGACAUCGAGUCAGGCAGCAUUAUAGUACCCAGAGACUCCAUCGACGCCCGCAUGCUAAAAACCAUCGUGUCUAAGCUUAAUUUCACUUUCGAGCAUCGCGCUGAGCCUGAACUUACGUGGGGUCUGGAGAAGAACGGAACUUUCAACGGGAUAAUUGGUCAGCUUCAACGAGAGGAAACCGACUUCAGCACAGUAGCAGGUCCUACACCAUCACGUUUCAAGGUUGUAGAUUACGUGAGAACUUAUCCUGCAGACAUUAUGACCGUUAUUUCUCUGAACCCUACACUACUGCCUCAACACCUGUCGUUAAUAAGACCAUUUGAAGGAGAUCUUUGGUUUGCGCUAAUAGCGAGCGUAGUGGCAUGGGGUUUGCUUAUGUGGUUAAUGCAGAGGGCAUGGGGGUGGGUGGCGGGAGGUCGCGGUGUGAAGUUCAGUACCGCCAUCCUGUACAGCUGGGGCGCCCUCCUGGAGCAGCCGCCUCCUAACACCGCCAUCAGUGACUCAGGACGUCUGUUGGUGGGUUGGUGGCUGGUGUUCUGCCUGAUCAUCACCACGGGCUUCCGCUCAUCACUGAUCGCGCAUAUGACAGUCCAGGGAAAGACGCUGCCCAUUGAGACCUUCGAGGACCUGGUGAAGCAAGACAACUGGAAGUGGGGCACUGAGCCCUGGAUCUUUAGCGGUAUACCUUAUGAUUAUUUCUCCAAGCAUACCGACCCGGUUAUAAAGACGAUAUAUCAGAAAGUAGAGAGAGUAACGAAGACGGAAGGGCUGCAGAAGGUCUUGGAUGGAGGCUUCACACUAAUCCAUUGGGAAAUUUACUUCUCCAUCUUUAUUGACUCCUACUACAGUGACGCUCACGGCAACACCCCCUUCCACGUCAGCAAGAAGGGCGUCCCCAUGAUUGCGUUCUUUGGAUGGGCAUUUAGGAAAGGUGCACCAUUUUAUCCACGUUUUUGUGAGCUUAUAUUUCGAUUACAAGAUGCCGGAAUUAUAAGCCACUGGAAUAAAGAUGCGCUAGCCAGGCGCGUAAGAGAAAACAAGGCGGCUACAGGACAGCACACCCAGAAAGACCCAACUCAAGUUGAGAGCAAGGAGAUGUCGCUGGGGCUGCAUCAUCUGCAGGGUGCCUUCUUCCUAUUAUUUUUGGGCUUAGGCGUCGCUGUUCUCAUGCUGCUGGUGGAGUACCUAGCUCACUCCCACUCCUCAGCCAACUAAACCCCUCCGAGGUUCAUCAGAGUGCAAGGCAGUAACCAAAGUACUGUAUAUCUCAGUCGCCUUCCCCAACCUACUGUAUAACUUAUUUAGAACGACUAUCUGAACACCCUGUCAUGUUUCUUGGUUCUUUUUAGAGUGAAUGAAAAUAGCAACAGGUUCUCAUUAUACGAGUAUGUCACUAUUGGUGUAGAGUUGGUGUGAUGGAUAAUUUCUUAGAGAAUAAUUUGCAAAUUGCAUUAAUGAAGCACGUCACCAAUCUAUGUUGUGAAAACUCCAAAUUGUUAUUUUUCAUUAAUUUCUUCUAUAGAGCACCUUUCUACAUGGCGCCACUAUAGAAAUUAUAAAUAUAUUUGAUAAGAGCAAUGUACACAACACACCUCUAAUGGUUCCUUCUCGAUGCCUCCAUUUAGUUGCCGAGACAAUGAAUUAUUAACAGAUAAUAUUUUCUAACAACUGUACUCUUUAUGAAUAAAUAUGCAUUGAUAGUUUCUUAUGAUUGAAUUUAUCAUGUUUGUGUGUGUUAAACUCAAUUUCACUUGGAUAUCUGAUAAUAAAGUUUUACUCAUAUCAAACUUCCAACUUUCCUUUGUCAGUCAGGACUACUCUGCCUUGUCUAUGAACACUCUUUCCUCUUCCAGUUGUUCCAGACUUGCAAGUCAGAAUUAUUGUUGUUUAAUAAUUCUUAUAUUAUCAUAUCUACCUUAAUCCUAGAUUUUUCCGGCAAUCGUCUCUUUUCUGGUCUUUGAUCAAAGGCCCAAAA